AUGGAUAAUUAAGUCAUCUUUACAUUACAACUUUACAGUAAAAAUAUAUUUUUUGAUCAUCCUUAUGAAUUAAAAUAUAUGGGUGAUAAAAUUUUAAUGUAUAAGGUAUGAUGAUAAUUAUAUUAAAAAGCUAAAAUAGGGAGUAUAAAUAUUUAGAUUUCAGCUUUUGAUAAGAAUAAUGACGUUAAUUAAGUGGAUAAUAAAAUAAGAUGAAUAUUAACCCAAAUUGAUAGGAUUCACAAUAAAAAUAAAGAAAAAAAAUAAGACUUUCAUCAGUAAAGAUCUUGAUGGAUUGAUAAAGUAUAUUUAAUUAGUAAAUGAUUAUUAGAUUAAGAAAUUUGCUUAGUUGUAGAUGUAGUUUUGGAAAUUUCGAUGAUUUAUUUACUGUAAAAAGCGAGAUAAGCAAAGGGUCAUCAGGAAAUGUGAAGAAAAUAUAAUGUAAAACUACUGGAAAUGAAUUGGCUGUUAAAUAUAUUAAUAAAAAGGAUCUUACUCCUUUAAAUUAUGUAAGGUUAUAUAAUUGAUUUAUAGUCGAUCAUAGAAUAAGAAAUUGCAAUAAUGAAUAAAGUAAAAGGGUAUGAUUAUUUUGUACAAAUUCAAGAUGUAUAUCAAGAUGAUUAAUAUUAUUUAAUUAUUAUGAAUUAUCUUGAUGGAUAUUCAUUAUUUCACUAUAUGGAAAAUAAUAAAAAGAUGAAUAAAACUCUCUCAUUAUUUUAAAUAUCAUCUAUAAUGAAACGACUCUUUGAAGCUUUAAUCAAAUUAUCUUAAUUGGAAGUAAUUUUAUAUUUAAAUAUAGAUUAUACACAGAGAUAUAAAACCAUAAAACUUGGUUUUGGCUGAAGAAGAUGAUUUCAAUUCUCUAACUAUUAUUGAUUUUGGAUUUGCAACCUCUACAAAUAUAAAUAGAUAUCUAUUAUAUAAAUGUGGUACACCUGGUUAUGCAGCACCUGAAGUGUUGAAUUCUUAAUGUACUCAUUACUCAUUUAGUUGCGAUGUUUUUAGUAGUGGCUGUCUUUUUUAUUAAUUGUAAUUAAAUCAUUGAUUUUCAGGUUAUUUCAUGAAUUACCCUUUAAAGGUGAUACAUUAUAAUAACUAGUACAUAAUAAUAGAAUUUGUUUAUUAGAUUUUCAGUAAGAAAAAUUUGAUUCUUUCUCUUUUAACAUCAAAGUAAUAUUUAAAUUCAUUUCUAGAAUCUCCUGAAAUCUCUAUUAGAAAAGAAUAUCUCUGACAGAAUACCUUUGAAAGAAGCUUAUUAAUAAUUUUUAAAUCUGUAUGAUCUUUGUAAAUAAAGAUGUGAUACUGAAGAUUGCCAUGAUUCUUCACCUCUUGUUAAUAGGUUACCUAAUUUAGAUAUAUAAAUUGGAAGAAUAUUUGAGUUAAAUUCAACAAGAGAAUCGAGACCCAGUUUAUAAAAUUGUGCAUAAUUUAUUUCUAAAUGA